GAACGGCAGCGCGAACAGCGAUGGAACCGCAGCCCAAGCAUCCGAGGCGCGGAAGCGUCAUCACUACGCUCGUCCGGGACACGUACGUGUCCUUUGACGAACGCAGCUAUAAACUUACCACCUUAGCCGUGGAAAGCUCUGGCCGCCUUGGGGAGGAGGGUUACGAGUUCAUCGAUGAACUCGUAACCCUCCUCCCCAAGGCGGCCAGAGCUUUCCACGGCUAAGGUGGUAAGUUUAUAGCUGCGUUCGUCAAAGGACACGUACGUGUCCUUUGACGAACGCAGCUAUAAACUUACCACCUUAGCCGUGGAAAGCUCUGGCCGCCUUGGGGAGGAGGGUUACGAGUUCAUCGAUGAACUUGCGACACAUGCCGUGGGAGGAAGGGACGGAGGAACGAUGGUCUGAAAGGAGUCGUCAAGGAACGACUUUUUCAGAUCGUUUCGGUGGCUACACAGGUGGCCAUAUCUCGGCGAGUGCAGAGGUACAAGCUCGCAUUGCGCGGGCGUCAAGACGCCGAAAACAGGUGAACAAGAUCGACCUCGAACCAGUCAACGCCAAUGAUAUGGGGAUGGAGUGUAGACGCAUCGUAGAACGCGUUUUCGUUUGAAGUUGGCGUCUUGUUUGAGAGUACAUGUGACAGAUUGCGUAGAAUAGGGUAAGAUGUUAUCAUGAACGGAGAAGGAAGGGCUUUUUUAUCACGGAGAUGUAGCAUGGAUCAAAGCAUUUGUUGGAUUUCAGCUUUUACAAGAGGACAUCAACGCAGUAGUAUUUUAGCAAGCUUACGAACGCAUGUAUGUAGGAUACCAUGAGGAUU